GUUCCGGGUUAAGCGAGCAGUGUGUCAAGAAGCAGUGCGGCUUGGCAGGGCUGUGUUUCGGACGCAUGGCUCUCGACCUUCGCCUCUCCGGAGUCGGUAGGGUAGUUGCAGAGAUGAGACAAGAUCGUAACUACCAAUUGGAUAUCACGAAAUUGGGGCGAAAAAAGGGGUCAAGUAAAAAAUGUAUAAUAAUGAAAUACAUUUAAAAAAACUACUGAACCACAUAAACCUUCCCAUCAUUAGUAUCGUCACUUCACAGAACUCUCCUUUAACAGAAAACUCUGAGGUCAAGCUGCGAGGUUGCUGUGAUGGCGGUGAAGCUGCAAGGCUUUGAGUUCUGGAAGACCACGCUGAGGGGAGCACGUUACGUCGUUGCACCCAUGGUGGACCAGAGCGAACUGGCCUGGCGUCUACUGAGCCGUCGCCAUGGCGCCGAGCUGUGCUACACGCCCAUGCUGCACGCACAGGUGUUUGUGCGCGACGCCAACUACAGGAAAGAUAACCUGUACAGCGAAGUCUGCCCCGAAGACAGGCCGCUUAUUACACAGUUCUGUGCCAACGACCCAGAGGUGUUUGUCCAGGCAUGUCUACUGGCUCAGGACUACUGUGAUGCUAUCGAUCUCAACCUGGGAUGCCCACAGAUGAUCGCCAAGAGAGGGCACUACGGAGUCUUCCUACAGGAUGAGUGGGAGCUGCUGGAGAAGAUGGUGAAGCUAGCCAAUGAGAAGAUCUCUGUUCCCAUCACCUGUAAGAUCCGUGUGUUUAACAAGAUGGAGGAGACUGUUCAGUACGCUCAGAUGCUGGAGAAGGCUGGCUGCCAGCUGCUGACCGUUCACGGUCGGACCAAGGACCAGAAAGGACCCGCGACAGGCAUCGCUAGCUGGGAACACAUCAAGGCUGUACGGAACGCUGUUAACAUCCCUGUGUUCGCUAACGGUAACAUCCAACACCUGAGUGAUGUGGAGCAGUGUAUGGAGGAGACUGGAGUACAGGGGGUGAUGAGUGCAGAGGGGAACCUCCAUAACCCAGCUCUGUUUGAGGGUCUCAGCCCUCCUGUAUGGGAGAUGGCUGAGGAGUAUCUAGAGGUGGUCAGUCAGUACCCUCCCUGUACCCUGUCCUAUGUCAGAGCACACCUCUUCAAGCUCUGGCACCACACACUGCAGAUCCACAAGGACCUGAGAGAGGAGCUGGCUAAGGUGAAGAACCUGCAGGGGCUGACAGAGGUCAGCAGACAACUCAGACUACGCUGCCAGGAGGAGAUAACCAUUGGAGGAGAGGAGGCGGGGCAGGUGGUUGGGCUGCCAUUCCCUCAUUGGAUCUGCCAGCCGUACGUCAGACCAGUGCCGAAGGAUCCGGUUGCCAACAGCAACGGUACAGAGGUGAAGGCAGUGCGUCACAAGAGGGCGUUGUCACUAGAGGACUCGGACGGGGCGAGCGACGCCCUCUCCAAAAACAAACAGAAGAAGAAAGCCAGAAACCCCCACAAGAACUUCUGUCCCGAGCAGAAACCAAAGUACAUCAAGUGUGAGCAGUGUGGAAAUCCAAAGGGUAAUCAGUGUGUAUUCAACCUGUGUCGAGGUUGCUGUAAAAAGAAGGCCUACAAGGAGGUGGCAGACUGCCCAAGUCAUGGGCUGAAGUUCAAGACCAAGGCAGAGAAACAGAAGUCAGAGCGGGAAGAAGAGGGAAAGAGCAGAGGAUUACAGGAGGAAGAGGAUGGAGGAUUGUUGAACGGGACCCCCAGCACCCCAACAGACCCCCACAGAGGACAGACUGUGGCCUGAGACAUGGACAAACAGGGACAUAGACAUCCAUUCAUACGUAGAGCAGUACACACACACCAGGAUGUGAGAAACUCCAUCCAUCAACAGUAUACAGAGACAAGAACGUGUUGUAAGGAACACGUGUCCAUCCAUACAGUCUCAUACUCACCACUGUCCUCCAUUGCUGCUGUGCUGAUCUGGCUUUGUUGGGGUUUCACCACUACGCCCUCCUCCUACCUGACUGACUGGAGGAGUCUUCCUGGACUAGCUCCACUGGGACUGAUGUAAUGGGGAGUCUUCCUGGACUAGCUCCACUGGGACUGAUGUAAUGGGGAGUCUUCCUGGACUAGCUCCACUGGGACUGAUGUAAUGGGGAGUCUUCCUGGACUAGCUCCACUGGGACUGAUGUAAUGGGGAGUCUUCCUGGACUAGCUCCACUGGGACUGAUGUAAUGGGGAGUCUUCCUGGACUAGC